AUGGCGACCCAGUUUGCCAUUGUCGGCCACUCGUGCCGCUUCCCCGGCGGCGCCAACAGCCCCUCGCAGUUCUGGGAGCUGCUCAGCCAGGGCUUUGAGGCGUCAAGCGAGAUCCCACGCCGUUGCUUUGACAUCGAGCAGGUCUACGAGGCGCCCGAACGGAGCAGCCGCGGUGGGGGCCGCUAUCGCCGCAUGGGGGUGCGUCAUGCGUCGCUGAUUCACGAUGCCGAGUGCUUCGAUGCCACCUUUUUCGGCAUCAGCCGGCGUGAGGCAAAGGUUAUGGACCCGCAGCAGCGCCAGCUUCUCCAGGUGGCCCACGAGGCCGUCGAGGCUUCGGGCUACUGCCCCUCGUCGCCCACGCCGAGCACGAGAGCCGAGGAGUUCGGUGUCUACGUUGCGGCCGCCACGGAUGACUACGUCGCAAAUCUGAGCACUCAGGAGGUCGACGUCUUCUACUCUCCAGCCACGCUGCGUGCCUUUCUCUCGGGCCGCAUCUCCCACCACUUUGGUUGGGAGGGGCCCAGCCUCGUUCUUGACACGGCAUGCUCGUCGAGCCUGGUGACGCUGCACACUGCCUGCCGCGCCAUUGCCGCCGGCGACUGUCGUUCGGCCCUCGUGGCUGGUGUCAACAUCAUUACCUCGCCUGCCAUGUUCCUGGGCCUCUAUCGCGGCCACUUUCUCAGCCAGGACGGCCGCUGCAAGACGUUUGACGAGAGUGCCGAUGGCUAUGGGCGGGCCGAGGGUGUGGCGGCGUUUGUAGUCAAGACACUGGACGAUGCUCUGGCCGACGGCGACCACAUCGAGGCUGUCAUUCGUGCCACGGCCCUGAACCAGUCCGGCCUGGCCAAAUCGAUCACCCACCCGGACCAGGCAACGCAGGUCAAGCUCUUCAAACGCGUCAACGACAUGGCCGGCAUCGAUGCCUCGGCCGUCAGUGUCGUCGAGAUGCACGGCACGGGCACAAAGGCAGGCGAUCGCUGCGAGAUGACGAGCUUGUCGACCGUCUACGGCAAGCAGGCCACCACUGCGCUCCACCUGGGCUCUGUCAAGGCCAAUGUUGGCCAUUGCGAGGCUGCUGCGGGCUUUGCAGGCCUGACAAAGCUACUGGCCAUGCUGCGCCACCAUGAGAUCCCGCCGCAGAUCAGCCUCAAGACGCUCAACCCGGAACUGGCGCCCCUCGUCGCCAACACCCGCAUCGAGAUUCCUACCACGCAGCAGCAGUGGCCUUCAGCAGACGAUGCGCCCCGCAUUGCCCUCCUCAACUCCAUCGGUGCCGCAGGCUCCAAUGCGACGGCGCUUCUGCAAGAGUGGGUGCCUGCUAGCGAGGAGAGCCAGGACCGCAAGCUGGGGUCGGACAUGCUCUUCUGCCUCUCGGCCAAGUCCGCACGCGCAUUCGACCGUCUUCUCACCGCCUUUAUCGAGUACAUUGGCACCCAUCGCGACAGCACCAGCCUCGGUCAGCUGUGCUACGCUACCAUGGCACGCCGCAUCCACUACACGUCCUUUCGCCGUGCUCUGCCUGUGUCGCCGCACGAUGACCUUGCGUCUCUCGAGGCCAAGCUCGUCGAAUGGCGCAACGGUGAGGCACCCAAGAAGCUCGUCUCCAAGGCGACCCCCGUCUUUGUCCUGCUGCGUGCCCAGCACCCUCCCGUCGAGAGACUGCGCCACCAUGUGGCUGCUGAGCCCGCAUUCAAGCGGGCUUUUGAGACCGUCAUCAACUCCGUCGAAGCCAGUCAAGAGAUCGACGCCCUGCUAAGCAGCAGCGACAGUGAAGCGGACGCUCGCAAAACGGCGUUACUAGCCUUUGCAUUCGAGAUCUCCAUCAUGAAGCGAUGGCAGGCGUGGGGCUUGCGCAACAUCACGCUCAUCUGUCCAUCGAAGCGAGCGCAUACAGUGGCGCGCAUCCUCGCGGGAGACGUGCGUCUCGAAGAGGGAUGGCAAAGGUACCAAUCGGAGACCGAGGAUUUACAAGAGCAGCAGUUCGUCACACUCGACGGUACUCCACACGCGACUGUCCCUGCUGGUGCCAUCGCACUGGGCAAGGGGACCAUGCGCGUCGUGACCGAGGCCGGUGCAGAUGUGGCGCAGCUUCUCAGCGAUGCGGCACCUGAGCCCAACACGGCAGGGCAUCUGGCGAAACUCUUUGAGCAUGGCAUCUCGCUCAACUUCUCAAAGGUGCUCGAGGGACAGGGGCGCUGGCCUGCGGUCGACGAGCUGCCUCUCCAUCCAUUUGAAAAAGACGCCGUAUGGGUCGACUACCAGCACCAGCCACCUACCAUCGACGACGCCGCCCCUGCUCGCACAGCAACGGCCAAGAAGGAGGUGAAACGAGGCUAUGCCAUCUCAAAAUCCGACGCGCAUGCCAAGGGUCACGACGUGCGCGCGGCGGCCGUCAUGGAUGUGUCGCAGGUGCGCGACGAGAUCAUGGGCCAUCUGGUAGCAGGGAAGGGCAUGUGUCCCGCAUCUGUGUACCACGAGCUCGCUUUUACGACGCUGCAGCAAGACGUGCACCGGGGCCGGAAAGAGGUGGUCGUGCUCGAGAGUGCACGCUACCAUGCUCCUCUGAUCUACAACGAGGCUGCGCCCGGACAACUCGUCUGUCAGCUCCUGGCAGCGCGCCAGCCGGGCGUCUAUCAGGCCCGUGUUGGCUGGCAGCGCACACAGGGCGACCGUUUGACGCCGCAUUUCACGGGUACGGUCAGCGUCAAGGAGGCAAACAGCGCCGCGCUCCACGCCACGGCCAUUGCCUCGGACCAGCUGGGCGCCGCCGUUGACACGCGACAGCUCUACAAAACAUUUGCCGAGCGCGUUGUCGAGUAUGCGCCCCUCUACCAGACAAUCGAGAGCCUUUCGCGCUCUUCGGACGGCUACGAAGGCCAGGCCACUCUCAAGCGCGGUGCAUUUGUUCCCCGCGGCAGCCGUCGCGAUGUGGUCAGCCCCAUUCUUCAGGAUACGAUGCUGCACACGGCCGGCUAUCUAGCCAACACGGGUCCCAAGUCGUCGCCGGACGUCAGCUUCAUUGCCGUAUCGCUCGGCUCGUUUGUCGGCCUGCUAGACACUGACGACGAGGCCGUUCAGGUGCGCGCAAGCACCGUGUGGGACGAGCGGACAGCUACCCUCACGUGUCGGGCAUCGGCGCACUCGAGGACCGGCGCCGUGCUUGCCUCCUUGGGCGACCUUGUCUUCAAGCGGGUGGAUGCCAAACAGUUUUCGGCGCUACUCACAGGUGGCUCGUCGAUGGCGACGAAGGCCACACCGAAGACAAGGCCGACAAGAAGCCCUGACUCGUCGACAACAACAGCAAUACCGAGCAUGGAAAAGCUUGGUGAAAGAAUUCGCAAGAUCAUCUGCGACGGCACGGGUGUGCCUGCCAGCGAAAUCCACGGCUACACGGCCCUCGAAGAGCUUGGCGUCGACUCGCUCCUGUUCAUUGAAAUCAUCGAGCAGCUGUCACCCUUUCUCCCCGGUGCAAACGGGUUGCAAGACCGAGCAUCGGCCCAGCAGACGGUCGACGACUUUGUUGGCCUCUGUGCAUCAAUGGUGCCCUCUGUCGAGAGCAGCGUUGCGAGCGAGCAAGUGGCCAGUGGAGAGACCAAGGAAGAGGUAAACACCGACGACUCACCAACCUCGGUCCGUGAGACAACCGUACGGGUCCUGGCCCACAUUCUGGCCAUCGACGACGCUGCCUCGCUGCUCGCCAGCGACGCUUCCAUGAACGAGCUCGGGCUCGACUCGCUGGGGUCCAUCGAGCUUGCCGAGGGCCUUGCCCGGGAUCUUGGUGUCACCACAUGUUCCGACACCCUUGUUGCUUGUCAGAGCGUCGCCGAGCUUUGUGAGAUCGUCGGUACGGAGGCAGCCAAGGUGCAACCGCCUUCAUCACAGCGCGCACAAGGCCGCAGUACAGCGCAAGUUCAUAGCCCAAGUCGCGUUGAGGAAGAUAGGCCACUCCCUUCGCCUUCCUUCUACAAGACUGUGACGCCCUCCGAGGUCAGCUUUCUUCGCAGGGCCCUCCGGCUCGCUGAGAACCCGCGUCUGAUUCGCAGGGGUGCUUCCCCCGGUGCCGCACCUCUCUUUCUCUGUGCUGACGGCUCGGGCAUCCCCGCGUCGUACCUCACGCUGCCCACGGAGCAGGUGCGCGACAUCUGGAUUCUUCAUCAUGAACGCCUCUUCGACCCUCCGAGUCGCGACUGGGGCGUCGUCGAGCAUGCAGCAGCCCUCGUGGCAGCCGUGGCUGAUGUCUACCCGACAGGCCCCCUCAUUGUCGGCGGCUGGUCAUUCGGCGGAGUACUGGCAUGGGAGAUGACUCAUCAGCUUCAAGCGAUGGGUCGCACCGUCAUGGGCACCCUCGCCGUCGAUACGCCCUGCCCCCUUGGCCACACGCCCCUCGAUGGCUCGAUUCUUGAUGCUUUGGUGCCUGAAGACGGUGGCGACACCCGCCUCGGCCAGGCCCGCCAGCUGAUCCGCGCCUCGUUCCUCAAAUCGGGCGACUGUAUUCGACGCUAUGCCGAACUGCCUGCAUCGGCACAGACUGCCCUCAAUGCGGCGAGGCAGUCCAACAAGCCCGUCAAAUUGGCUCUUCUUCGCUGCAGCCAGGACUUCAAGGCGCGCUGGGCCACCGAUGCCCAAUUCGACUGGCUCACCCGCCGGUCUGGCGAUCAGGGCAAAAAGCACCAACUCCUUGGUUGGGACAAGCUCGCCGGCCUCGACGUCGUCCUCGACAUUCCGGGCUCCCACUUCACACCCUUUGCCAAGCGAAACGUUGAUGCCGUUUCAGCUGCCAUCGAGCGUGCUUGCUACCUGCUUCAGUCUUAG